AUGAGGGCUGCUUGGGAAUAUUUUACGAAGUUAAAAUAUGCUCCACUACACUCUUCUGAAUAUAAUUUGAAAGGAUUUGUCAGUUUAUUAUACAAUAAUAUUAAUCGCCGAUUCGGGACUUUUGAUAUUCCGCUUAACUAUGUGAUCUGUUUUCGGGAAUUUCUUUUACAUCAGUUAAGGAACUAUGAAAAUUCUCUCGAUUUUCAGUUCUUGAAUUCGAGUUCUGAAGGUCCUGAUAUCACUGUAUUAUAUAAAAUAAUUUUCAUACUCUCACGUUUGGACGUAGAUGCCUUUUGUUUACAUAAUUCUCAGUUUACUGGCACCUACCCUACAUCAUGUUACCUUUGUAUAUUACACUUAUUGUCAUCAAUUCUGCAGCUCAUAUGCGAGAAAAUUCAUAGUGAUGCGCAUGACCAUCAUAUUCCUCAAACGUGUUAUAAUUUCAGUAAAAGAUAUGAUUGUAUGUGCUACAAAUAUGCCAGAAAUAAUGGUAGUUCUUAUUUUCAAGGUAAUUUAUCCUAUUUAGAUGUUGUUGCACAUGCAAACUCUAUUAAUCAGUGGCGUUUAAAGACUAAAAAACGUCAAUAUAAAAAGUCUGUCAUCAAAAGAAACAUUACGUCAUCACGUUUGAAAACAUCAAUCAAACUAAUCAAUUUCAUUAAUCACGAUUGUGAUUUAGAAAAUGAACACAAUCAAUCACCUAUUGAACAUAAACCUCCUCCUCCUCCUCCUCCUCACGGUCUUUCUUCGCCUUCUUUUGAUUGUUCAAAGUCUACAUCAAUCCCUCAUGAACACGUUUUAUCAUUGAUGCAUUUCAACUAUUCACAUCUAGAUUUAUUACAAAUGUAUAUCACAAAGUAUAUGACUAAUAAACUACCCCAACAUUGUACAUAUCUUCAUUUAUUGAAUAUUCUAUGUAAAUAUAUCAAUCUAAUUCAAUUUAUUGUACAUAUGAAUGAAGAAUAUUCAAUUCAAUAUAGUGAUGUAUUCACUAUGUUCAAUAAGAAUAUUUUAACCAAACUAGAAAGUAUCAUCAUUUGGAUUGAUGAAAAAUUUACUACAACUGAACAUAAUUCUCACUUCGUAGAAGUAGCAGCAGCAGCGUUAUUGAUUUAUGAAGAAAAUUGUUCAAUGAUACAUGAUUGUUUGAAUAAUUAUUGGAAAUAUUCAAAUGUCAAUUCUAUCAUGGCUGAUGAUAAUAAUAUAUUGUUAAAUUUCAACAAGAAAUUAUUUAAUCAACAAUAUUCCACUGGAAAUAAUUCUUUUAAAUAUCUUUCAAUAAAAUUAGCCGCAAUUCAUACUCUCACAUAUCUAAUCGACGUGAAUGCUCAAAUUCUCUUUGUUGACAAUCAUCAAUGUUGUUGUUGGUGGUGGUGGCAUGAUGAAAUGAAUAGAUUUUUAAAAAGUUUACAAUUUACAAAUUAUGAAUUAUGUAUUCAUGAUGAUUUUCGCGGUACUCAUCGCCAUCAUCAUCAUCAUCAUAACGAUUGGUGGCGGGUUUAUUUGUUAAGUUUAUUUCAUGAACUACAUCAUCUUGAUCAACGCUUAUUAUAUCAUCAUCAUCAUCAUCAUCAUAAACCAUUGGACAUUGAUUCAAAUAUCAACAAUAAACAAUUUCCUUAUUUACUUGUUUUAUUGCAUUGCUUUGUUACAUCAUCUGAACAAACAAUUUCACUUGUCAAUAACACUACUGUUCGAAAUUUGUCUUGUUUGUAUUAUUUAUGGUUACAAUUUAUGCAUAGUCAUGUCGUAUCGAUGUCUUCGACAUAUUUGUUCAAUGAUCAAUGUGUUCAAUGGAUGCUUGAUCAAUUGUUUCAAUUGUAUUUUGUAAUAUUACCCGCCAUUUCUAAUUGUUUAAAUAAUGAUCAUUAUUUUUUAUAUUUUGAUAUUAUUUAUCUAUUUUUAAUUGAUUUAAUUAAAAAUCAUAAAUUUAAUGCAUUAAAACAAAUUUUAUAUCAAUUAACAACAAAUCAAUCAAAAUCAUCCAUGUUAAGAAUAACAUUUCUGCGUCAAUUAUGUCAACAUCAUCAUGAUCAGUUAGAGGUGAAUUCUUCUGCGUCUUCCUGUAAUGAGAAUAGCGCAUUAACAGAUUAUUUAAUAAGUUAUGUACUAACUCCAAUGUUGUUACAUGAAAUCGAUCUGAUUCCGCCGAAUGAGAUCGAUACAAUGGAUAAUUCUACAUGUAUUGAAGAUUUGUUGGAAUUAUCGACCAAUUUGAUUGGAGCGAAAAUUCGUUUAUUUCAUGUAGAAGAUGAUUUCAGCAUGACUAAUUGGAAAGUAUACAAUGAUUUAAUUGAUAUGAUAUUCAAUAGAAAAAUUGUAAAACAUUCAUAUUUCUUGUUAAGAUGUUUGGUGAAAAAUAUUUUAACUGUUCAAUCGCAUCAUUUUUCAACGAUUUUUUCCAAUGAUCCUGUUCAAUUAUCAAUAAUUCAAGAAUAUGCAUUGUUACAAAGUCGUUUGAUUAAUUCUACAGUUGAUUUAUUCUUGGAUAUUUUAAAUGAAUCAGAAGAAUUAUUGUUAUUGAACACAUUGAAUUCAAAGACUUUGAACGAAAUCAAAUUAAUUUGGCAAUUAUUAGCUUAUCUCAUUUUAAUUUCUCGUUCACCAUCAUGGUCAAAUCCACCAAUGAUGAUUCAGUUUAAUCAGAAUUUAUUCAAUGAUUCAUUGAUCAAUGUUCAAUAUUCAAACAGUGAUUCAAAAAACAAACAUUUUAUUACAUUAAGUAUUUCAUUUAUCAAUAAAGUGAUACAAACAAUAUUUUCUGUGAAUCAAAAGAAUAUCAAUAUGACUAAUGAUAUAAAGAUUCAUUUGCAAGAUGAUAUCAAUGAAUUACGUUCUUUGAUUUUACCGCCAAUGAUUGUUUUAAUUGAAUUGAUACCACCAAAUACAGUGGUCACUUUGAAUCAUGAUCAUUCCGAUGAUACUGACAAUCAAUAUUACAAUUCCAUGAAUCGUUUGUUCAUUUUACUGAAAGAUGCUUUCUCACGUAUACAAAUCAUUCAAACUUAUGGUUUUAAUAAUUUCUACGAGUUUUUUAUACAUUUUAUGCAUUAUACGUUUAAAGAAAUAGCUUUUGUGAACAAUACUACUCAUAAUAAUGAUAAUAGUAGUAGUAGUAGUAGCAGCAGUAGCAGUAAUCAUAAUAAUAUUAAUAAUAGUAAUGAUCAAACAACACUACACAUUUCAAUGUCUGAUAAACUAUCCUCACAAUGUUCAUCUUUGUUAUCAUCAACUUCUUCUGAUGAUGAUGAAUCGGCCAAUCAGAAAAUAACUAGUUCAACGGAUAAUUAUUUCGAUAAAUCAAAUCGUCACAAUGACAGUGCAAUCAUAUUCAAAUAUAAUCCACAAUCUCUAAGAUUAUGGGUAUUUUCAUCAAGAUUAUUUCUACGUUUAAGUUUACACAAUCUAGCACUACUUAGCUGUUGUCUACAUUUCAAAUCAUCGUCAUUGUGUGCUGUUCGGGCAAAUGACAAUGUCUCCAUAACAUGUGAAAAUCAAAUAUGGUCAAAUUGUUUAUCACAAAUUACAACGAAUUAUUUUAGUAUAAUAUUGAAUUCGUCCAUUCUACAUGGACGUGCACAUUCAAUGAAAGAUAAAUAUUUACAAGCGAAUAUUGAUCAAUUGAUUGAAGAGAUUUUAAAAUUGAUGACCAAAAUAUCAAAUUGUCCAAUUAUUCGAUUAAGUUGUUUAAAUUUAUUACGAUGUUUAAUGAGGAUACCACAAAAUAUUCGAUCGAUUCAACCAUGUCAAACAAACCAUCAUCAUUCCUUGUCACUUGGUGUAUUCAAUGUAAAAUCUUUACAAUAUUUUCUACAUUUAAUAAUGAAUGAUUUAAGACAAGCGCAAAAAAACACCGCUGAAAGCAUUGAUACCCUUGAUCAAAACAAUAACACUGUUUAUGAUGACGAUGAAAAUGAAGGUGAUCCUCUUACAGGACAGGCAAUAAAUUCCAAUCAAAUCAACCAUAUCUAUCCAUAUGUUACACGUCAAAUGUUCCAGCUACUUAUUGAUUGGAUUCAAACUUACAAUACUCUUAUACCAUUGCAAUAUACUAGUUGGCCAAAAUUAUUAUCAUUCAGUUCAUCAUCAGUCUACAGGAAAUUUCUUCCUCCUCCUUACUUACAACCAACCGCUCAUCAUCAUCAAUGCGCAUAUAGUUAUGCUAGCCCAUUCACGGUGAACAAUGAUAAUCAUAGUCAACAAGAGAUUGUGGCUAAUCAAAGAUGUUUAUAUGAUCAAUUAUUCAAUGUGAUUUGUCCAUUAUCCACGUCAAUGUUCAAUAGACGACAACAUGGUGGUGGUGGUGGUGAUCAAUCGUUGUUCUCUACGACAUUUCAUCAUAAUCAUCAUCAUCAUCAUAGUUUAAGCUUAUCAACAUGGUUAUGUUUACAUGGAAAACGAUGGAAUUGUCGGAAUAAACCAAAUUUUAGUCGAUUAUCUGAAAUGGAUCUUCUCGGACAUGUACAAUUGAAUCAUUUACAACAUUUAAUCAGUUUAGAUAUUAUGUUUUCAUCAUCAUCUGAAUGUUCUUGUCAUCAAUCCACAUCGCAAUCACCGAUCGAUACAUCGGAUGAUCAAUUAUUAUCAUCUAAUUGCAGUUAUGUAUCUCUUCAAAUUUGGAUAUCACCUAUCUAUUCAUGCCUGUAUUUUCGUUUGACUCAACAAGUUUCAAUGAAUCAAACAAAUAGAACCAAUGAAAUUCCACCAUUAUUAUUAUUAUUAGGUGAUGUAUGUUUAAAUUUCCCAAAAGAAUUGAACAUUUACGAAGAAUGGAAUCAUUUGUUUGUGUCGAUUCAAUGGAUCAAUAGUUUUCAUGCUAAAGUAUCGAUUGUAAUCAAUGGUUGGUUUCAAUCCAUCGGCGAUCUCAUAGUGAUCAAUAGUGACAGCAACAACCAACAGUUGACUGAUGCAUCAAUUGUCAAUUGUCAACAUCAAUUUACCUAUCCUCUCAUACAUUUUGGUCAUGUAACUAAUGUGUACUCUUCUAAUGAGUAUUGUAGUAGUAGAAGAAGAAAAACAAGAAAUACUUUUGAUUUGGGAAAUUUAUUUUUAUUUGCUGGCUUACCAUCUAUGGUACAACAACAACUGUCUUCCUCAUCCAGCAUUGAUCAAUGUUUGAAAUGUAAACAGAAAUUGUCAAAACAUUGUCAUCUUCAUUCUCAUUGUCAAGAAGAAUCAUUACAAACAGAUGAGGAAGAACAUCAACAACAACCACAUCAUAAUGAGAAUAAUAAUCCGAUUCAAACAGUGGCUUUAUCAUUAUGCCUGUUGGGUCCAUUAUUUACUGGUUAUUUUGAUUCAAUUGAAUCUAGUGUAUAUUAUCGUAAUAUUGCACAGAGUCUACUUCAUGCAUUGAUACGUCGAUAUGUGUUGUUCAAGGAGACAAUGUUGAAAAAACGCGAUAAUUACGAUUAUCAUUUUAUAAUUGAAUAUUUAACAAAAGCUAAUUCUUUAAUUCAAUCAAAAUUUUGGUUUCAUUUCUUAAAGAAAUAUUGUACAGAACAUUUAUUCAUCAGUUUGCUGAGUAAUAAUUCAAAUAAUUUACAAUUUAUUUUACCAAAAUUCUCCGAUUGUCAUGAGUUAUUAUUGUCAACAAAAGUAAACGACAGUCAAAUACAUGUUAGCCGCCGCCAACAAUACAAAUCAUCACCGGAUAGAAAUCACAUACAAUUCGAACGUACUCAUUCCUCACGAACAAGUUUAUGGCUAUUGAAGAGUAAAUAUUCACAUGAUCACAACCGAUCGAUACAUCAUCAUUCUGUCAAUUUUCACUAUCGACAAUGUUUCGAUUCAGUUUUUGAACCUCAUGGAGGUGUGGAAGUGCCAAUUUAUCUUCUUGGUGAACUUGUAUGUCAAUCACAUCAUUCUAUUUUACUAGCAUCUGGCCUUGAACUCCUUUUUACAAUGUUACGCCAUUCAAGUGUGAUGUAUGCAAAAUUCAAUGCCCCUGCAUUAUGUCAUCCGGGUGUAGAGAGUUCAGUUGAGAGACGACAUCCACAUCAUCAACAACAACAACACCAAUACGCAUGUCCGAAUAAUUGUCUGGAUCAAUCCAAUGUGAAAUCGGCAGUACCAUUAAGUUUUGGUCAUUGCCUAUUAGCACGUCUAUUCAAACAUCCACAAUUCAAUGUGAUUUCAUUUAAAUCUUAUGAAAUUAUGAAAGUUCUAUUCAAUGAAAUCCUGCUGACAUUACCCUUGAGAACGUUACAGAACAAAUCCGCCGAAUACAGUUCAACAAUAAUGAUAAAUCCAAGUUUAUUACGGUGUAUUAUUUUAUUCGGUUGCAAAUCAUUCUGGUAUCCAUCAUUAAACCAACAACAACCACACCAACAGCAGCCACCAUUUGAAUUGACCACUUGUAAUUUAAACAAUUUAAACAAUGAUCAUUGUUCAAUGAAAUUUGAUGUAUUUCAUUAUGGCUUGAUACCUGGAAUAUUUGAAUACGUAUUGAGGAUGCAUUCUGAUGAAUGGUCGAAUUUGCCAUCAAGCACUACUACUACUACUACUACUACUACUACUACUACUACCCUACUGAUUUAUAUGUAUAAUUUAACAAUAAUCGAUAAAUGGCAAUUCAUUUCGACAUUAUUGACUGGAUUUCGAGAAUUAUUUUUAGCCAAUACUAAUAAUCAAUUAGGCAUGCAAACACCUGUAAUGCAUGAUAAUAAUUUGAAAUUCCUUUCAAAAAAAUGGCCAAUUCGUUCAAUUUUCAAUUGUCUCAUUAAUCGUUUAUCACUGUCGGUAUUGAUCAAUACAACAACAUUGAAAAAUGUUCAUUCAACAGCACAAAACCAAUCAAUACUUUCUCAUCAUAAUCAUGCUGAAUCGUUUCAUUCAUUUGAUUGUGCCAAACGUUUAUGUCUAUUGAAUUUAUGUCGGCUAAUUAUUAACUUAGAUGUGAAUAUGUAUUUAUCGGCUGCGGAACGUGUAUUUUACACCAUAUCUGAUCAACACGACAAUGAUGACGAUCUCGAUCGCGAGCAUGAUCAUAAUCGUCAUGUCGAUCGUCGACAGAAUAAUGAAUCAACAUCUUCAUUGUCACUCACUGCGUCCACAUCACAAUUAUCAUUGUCAAAAUUGACCAAUGAUUGGAUAUUUUGGCAUGAAAUAACACGGAAAAGUUUAAAUUAUCCGGAACGUUUACGAGUUUGGGAAUAUUCAACAUUGAAUUCGAAUGAAGUGAUAAAAAAUAAGGGUAAUAAUAAUAAUAAUAUUAAAGACAAACAUGAACUCAAUCCGGUUUCAGUUGAAAACAACUCAUCGAACUUGUUAAUUCAUUCUUUGACAUCUAAUGAGGAUAGUAAUUCACAAUCAAACAAUGUCAGUAACAUUGAACACAAUCGAAUUCAACUAACACAACAGUCAUCUGAUCCAUGCCAGUCCUUAUCCUUCUCAUCAACAUCAGCACCAUCAGCACAACAGCAGCAGCCAUCAGACGAUAAACAAUCUCAGUUGAAUACAUGUGAUUCGAGUCAAUAUCCAAUGAUCGUGUCAGAUUCUGGUGUAAGUGUAUCCUCGUUACCGGUUGGUAGUGACAGUCCAGUAAAAUUAGAAAGGAACAAUGAUGAUGGUGAUGAUGAUGAUGAUGACGAACAUUUAACUAAAGAUAAUCAAUUGACUGGAACCAACAAUCUCAUUGAAACAGAUUAUACUACUAAUAAAUAUAUUUUAAAUUGUGUUCAAUUACACAUUGAACAAAAUAAUAUCUUUUCAGAAUAUUUAAUUCGAUGUUUAGAUCAAUUAUGGCAUAAACAUUUUCCAAUUGAACAUUUAACCGAAUUCUAUUUUCAAAAUAAAAUGAAAAUUAAAAUUAAACACAAUUUAAACAAAUUAACGAAAACAACUCAUGUUCAAUGCAACAUUGAUCACAUUGAAAAUAAAGUGAAUAUUUUUCUAAAAAACAAUCAUUGGGAUUGGUACAGAUUAAAAUCAAGUUCACAUUAUGCAUGGAUAACAUCCACGUGUUGUAAUGCUAUCCGACCACCAUUAUGGCUGAUUAAUAGUUUAAUACGACAUCCUUAUUUAGUACAACGUGAAACUGCUCUAAGCGGUUAUUCUAUUUGGUUACAUAUUGCAACGAAUAAAUGGACGAAAAAAUUUAAACAAUUCACAACCAAUCUUUCUCAACCUAUCCAUUCGCAUUCUUCAAAACAACACUCUAAUUACCAUCAUCCUCAUCAGUCCCCUUCAACUACUGUACAAUCGUAUAAACACACGUCAUCAUCAUCAUCAUCAUCAUCAUGGCCAUUUCCAUUUCAAUUAUCAAGAAUUCGUACAUUUGCUAGUGGUCUAUUAGUACCAGCUACAACGAGUAGUACAUUGCUAUCAUCAUUUGAUCAAUUAACCAAUUCCAAUCAAUCCACAAUCAAUCAAUCUACAAUUUAUCAUAAUCGUCAUUUAUGUUCUAUGAAAUUAUUAACACGUUCAUUUGGUUUAAUUUUGCUACAUGAUGGAUUAUUGGACAAAUGUCAAAUGAACACUACUUGUCCAAUAGAUUCUUUACCAUUCAAUGGCAUUGGAUUCAUCUCUGACACAGCUUACUGCUGUCAUCAUCAUCAUCAUCAUCGUCCUGUUGAAUUUGAACAAAUCACCGAUAAUGUGAAGAAUCCUAAUUCAAAUGUUCACAUGAUCAAAUCUAACCAAUUGCCAACCACUAAUAAUAAUAAAUCUGAUGAUCAUCAUCAUCAUUGUAAAAAUACAAGUUAUCAUCAAUACUACCUGUUAUCAACAUUUCCAGUGUUAUUUUCAACUUUACUGGGUAGUUUUAUCGAUGCAAUCAUGAGUUGUAUUGUUCAAAUAAAACAACCGAAUCGUGUUAAUUCACAAUUUAAACAAAAAUCGGCCAAGUCGAAAGAUUCUUCUGCUUCUGCCGCUUCUACUACAAUCAAUAAGGAUGACGUUAAUGAAAAUGGUACACCAGAAAUUGAUUUAUGCAUUUAUGGAUUGGAUGCUUUAAUUCAUCUAUUACAGGAUUCCGAUCCUUGUGUACUAAGUGCUGCUAUCCAAUCGAAUCUUCUACCAGUUCUAUUCAAUAUGGCAUGGUUAUUAGAAUUUGGUAUUCAUCAAACGAAUUCAUUGUCGGUGACAAACAAGGCUGAAAAACAACCGUAUGCCAUUCCAUCACUGUUAAUGCCAAUAUUAACUAGUUUAAGUCGUUUAACUAGUCGUGUAAUGAGUUGGUUAAUGAUUGAUGAAAAAUUUGCUUUUUCGUUGAACAACACUGCAUCACGAUUUCAAUCGGUGAUUAUGUUUCUGCAAUAUUUAAUAACAAUGAAUGCAGAAUUCAAGCAUGAGAAGGAUGCCGAUAAUGAUGAUGCUGCUGCUGAUGAUGAUGAUGGUUCUGUUACUGUGAACAGUGAGUUAGGAGGAGUAUCACUUAAUCCAGGUCCAGUUAGUCGAUGUCUUGUUCGUCGAGUUUUGCAUAGUCUAUUAGAGACAUCAACUAGUCAAUUGGAUCGUAUUGCACAAGAACUUGAUAAAUCUGUAACGUUUAGUCAACAACAACAACAACAACAAACAAGUGAAGAAAAAGAUGAUGAAUUACAAAUCAGUGCAGAAAAUGAAAAUAUUCGAAAUCUUUGUGAAAAAUUAAAAUUACAUUAUGACCAUUUAACAUGGAUUUUAAAUUGUACAGUAAAUGUAUUCAACUAUUCACCUUAUCGAGAUGAUAAACUGAAACAAAUCCUAAUUGAAUGCUUGAAUGCAUCAGCGCAUAAACAUGAAACACCAUCUACAACUCCGACUACUCUUGUAAAAGUGCGAAGUUUUCGAGCUGAUUCCAAACAAUCAAAUCCUAACGAUAAAAUUAUCAAUCGUAAUCGUUCGAGUUCUUUCUUUUAUUUCACUUCUCCUCCUUCUUCUCCUCAUCAACAGCAGCAGCUCCAGCAGCACCAACGACAACAACGUCUUCCUAGGAAAGAACAAAUUUCACGUGAUCAUUCCAUAAAAUAUCAACGAUUAAAACAAAUGUAUGUGUCACAUGCUAAACAAUAUCAAGAUUCAUUUAUUUAUAAUAUGCAACAAAGUUUAGAACAAGCAUUGAUCACUUCAAUGUUUACUAGUGCACAACAUAUUCGAUAUUCAUUAACAUUUUGGAAUAAUUUGACCGGUAUAAAACGCUGGUUACAUCAACAUGCAUCAUUCAUAUGGUCAAUGUGUUUAUCAUCUGACACAGUGAAUAUUGAUCAUCCUGUUAAUAAUCAUAAUGAAGAUUUCGUGUUUGAAUUAAUCAACAGUAAACAAACUAACCUAUCGAAUUGUUUUCUCACACAACAAUUCAUUCAAUUACAUACGAUUAUUGAAGCAUUGCUUACUAAGAAGAAUAAUUAUUCUCAAAAUGUAAUAUCCCCAUCGUCUACAUCAUCAUCAUCAUCAUCAUCGCGUACAUUGGAUAAGAAGAAUACGCCAUCAUUGGAAUUGUUGUCCACUUAUCGUGAAUUGAUUCAUUUUGCUUAUCGGAAAACUGGUGAACAAUGGACAUUGUCAUUACCGAAUUUAAAUGCAUUGAUUCAUUCAAAAUUAUCAAUAAAAAGUAAUAAACGAAUGCCAAUGGAUCAUGAUAAAAAGUCAAUACUUACUCAGCUCAUUCAAUUCUUUUGGCCAAAAUCAACUCAUCACAAAUUCACUGAACAACAACAACAACAACUCUGGUCAUCAAUCAAUAAUAAUAAUUCAUGGAAAAAAUUUAAUUUAUCGACGAAAUUUUCCAUUGGUCAAUUAUGUAAUCAAGCACGUAAACAAUGCGUUGAAGGUCAUCAUGCAUGGUUAAAUGCGUACAGUGAACGUAAACGUAUUGUCGGCCCAUUGGGCACUGUACUAUGGGCACGUAUAGUUGAACAUUUGUGUCAUGAAAGAGGAUUAUUUUAUCACUCCGACUCUACUCCAUCUGGUUGGUGUGUUGAUCCUGUCGAAGGUGCAUUACGUCAACAUUGUCGUUUCUAUUAUACACAUUUACCAAUGGCUGAACGUUUAAUGCAUAAAACUGCACGUUCAAAUCUAUUAUCCACACAUCCUCCACAUCAAAUUGCUUCGUUGAUUGGUUUACCAUCAAAAACAAAUCUAAUCACCUCUACACAAGGUUCCGCUUGUACAUGGUUUGAUUUACCGUUAUGUUUACCAUUAUCUUCUAUACCAUUAAUACAACUAGCAUCAGUUAGUCAAUGUUAUAUACAAACUGUUUGGCCAUGUCGUUUAAUUGGUCUUCUACAUAUACCAUACAUUGAAGGCGAUUUAAUUAUAAUCGGUAAAUCAUGGUUACGUUUUCAACCGGAUCCAUUUAUGCAUAGAAAUUUAUUAAUGAAUAAUGAUAAUAAUACUACUGAUAACAAUAAUAGUAGUAAAACGCAAUUGAUUGAAAUUGAAUCAUUAUAUCCUUAUCAGUGUCUUUCAAAUCGGCUAUGGUUUGCUUGGUCUUUCAAAUCAAUUCAUCAUAUUGAAUUACGUCGUUAUUCAUUACGUGAUUUAGCAGUGGAAAUAUUUCCUGAUGAAAGUAGUGGGAAUAUACCAAUGCUGUUUGCUAUGUAUUCAUCGAAAGAUCGAGAUCAUUUUAUUGAAACUAUUACUCCUUUAAUUGAUCGUCGUCGUCAUCAUCAUCAUCAUCAUCCUGAUUCACCAAUGGUGAUAAAUCAAUCUAAACCAUUGGAAACAUUGAAUCCGCACAAAUUAACUCGUCAAUAUUCAAUAUUUCAUCAUUCAAACAAAACACAUCAUCAAUUACAACAAGACUGGUUAAAUAAUGAAUUGACCAAUUUUGAUUAUUUAAUGAAAUUAAAUACAUUGUCCGGUCGAAGUUAUAAUGAUUUAAUGCAAUAUCCUAUAUUUCCAUGGAUUCUACGUGAUUAUGAAAGUUCCGUGUUAGAUUUAACUCAACCAACUACAUUUCGACGAUUCGAUCGUCCAAUAGCUGUACAAGAAGAUAGCAGAGCUGAAGCUGUAGCUGCACGUUUUCAUGAAUCAGAAUUAUUAUCCAAAACAUUGUCUACGACAAAUUCCAAUUCAGAUAUAUCUGGAACAAAAUCACAAACCACUACAACCCCACUAAUUCAUCACUAUCCAGCGCAUUGUUCCAAUGAAGCCAUUGUAUUACAUUUUUUAAUACGUCUGCCUCCAUACACUUUUCGUCAUUUACGUUUUCAAGAUAAUAAUUUCGAUGUACCAGAUCGUGUAUUUCAUUCCAUAUCAAUAACAUGGCAUUUAGCUACUUCAUCAGUUUCAUGUGUCAAAGAGUUAAUACCGGAAUUUUAUUAUCAACCAGAAAUGUUUAUUAAUCGUAGUGGAUUAAAAUUAGGCUAUUUACAACAAAGUGAUAUUAGUGUAGACAAUGUGGAAUUACCGCCUUGGUGUAAAAAUGAUCCACGUCUGUUCACUCUAAUUUGUCGUGCUGCAUUAGAAAGUGAUUAUGUCUCAGCUAAUUUAUCACAAUGGAUUGAUUUAAUAUUUGGUUAUAAACAAUCUGGUCAAAAUGCUAAAGAAGCUUUAAAUCUUUAUCAUCCAUAUACAUAUUUUGGUGCAAUCAAUGUGGACACAAUCGAUGAUCCAGUUCUGGCACAAGCUGUUGAAGCAAUGAUUAAUAAUUAUGGUCAAACACCGAAACAAUUAUUUCAUCAAUAUGCCCACCCGAGUCGCAAAUCCAUGGAUACAAUGUUCAAUAUGGUAAAUCAGGUGGAAGUUGCGGAGAAUCAUUCUUCUUCUAUAGCUGAUAAUAAUUUUAAUAAUGAUGAUUAUGAUGACAAUGAUAAGAAUUCAUUACAAACGCCAACAUUUUCUACAAAUGAAAAUCAACAUACAUCACCAAUUAGACUAGAUAAUAAUAAUAAUACACCAUUAGAAACUGUGAUUGGAUUAAAAUGGGGUCAAUGGGCAGGUAGUCCACAAGUGAAUUCUUUUGAAUUAAUUUGGAAAAAACAAUUCAUCAUUCCAGAAUCAUCAAACAAUUCAAUGAAACCAUUCAUUAGUCAUUUAAUUGGUUCUGUUUGGUGUGAAUUCAAUACAGAAACCUCACAUUCACCUCAUCUUCAUACGAAUCAACUCAACGGUAUCUCGUCCAUAUCUACUGAGAAAUUAUAUCAUUCUUGGAAUGGUUGGGUUGAUUUCAAUAUUGAUCAUGAAAUUGAUAAAUGUGUUUCAUCGUUGUCGCCAGUAACUGAUCUAUCAUGGUAUUGGAAAAUUCUUCAUUGUGAAUACAAUGCUUGUCUAUGGGUGUCGUUGCUACCAGACACUGAUAACAGUACCGGGAACGAUGUACAAUAUCCAACAACUCCUAUACCAUAUUUAAUAAAAUUAAAACCAUCAUUAUUAGACAAUAGAACUUUAAGUAUAUUUCUCAAACGUUUACCUAAAGAAUCACCAGCUGCUGCUACUACUACUACUACUACUACUUUGAAUGUUCCGCCUAUUCACGACAAUAUUGGCACUGAUGAUGAUGAUGAAACUACUAACUACACUACAUCAGUAGUAUAUCACCAUCAACAACAAAAUAAUGAGCUGCGCUUACAAUUACCAUAUUCAAAUUGUAUUGCAUCAAAUCAUGGGAAAUCUUUCAUUACUUCAUUGAUUAUUUCACCUAGUUCUAGGCAUGGUAUUCAAUUGUUUGUUGGUACUUGUUACGGUUCAAUUUAUGUCAGACAAUUACCAACAAAUUUAUAUGAUAUUUCACCGAUUGACGGUUGGUUACCAUCAGAUUAUCAUGAAAUAGCAUCGUCAUCAUUAUCAUCACUCAGUGAGACUAAACAAACUCGAACCUCUAACAGGCAUAAACCACGAUCGAAAAAAAGCAAGCAAACCCGACACCACAUUAAUAAACAUUCAAAACUAAUAACUACUCACAACACUACCACUACUACGCAUACUACUGAAAAUCUUACUAAUAAUGAAGAAGUGACUCAUAGCGAUAAAGAAAUUGGUCUAUGGGAAAUAACCAGUUGGAAACAUUUAUCUGGUCAUGCUGGACAUGAAAUCACUAGUCUGGCAAUGAAUCAUAAUCAUAGUUUAAUUGCUAGCGGUGAUGAUCAAGGUCAUGUAUGUUUAUGGGAUCGAUAUCGUCUGGCGCUGAUUAAAACAAUUAACACGAAUAAGGCAUUAUUGAAUCAAACAGAAUUGAAUGCGAAUGAUUCCAGUCAUCGUAACAGUCCAAAUACUACUAAUGGAUAUAAUGAUAGUAGUAGUAGUAGUGACUUGAAACAAUCCCGUAGACGAUCUUCUAAGAAUCAUCAUCUUACUGUGGAUGAUUCCAUGCAUAAUGAAACUGAUGAACAAGUACAAAUAAAGAACGGUGAUACUUCAAGUAACAAUACUUCCAUAGUUGAUUUUAACAAUAACAACAACGAUAAUGUGUCAAUGGUAAAUGGUUUCAAACGUAUUGAUGGUAUAUGUUUCAAUUUAACAAGUGGUGAAUUAGUCAUUGCCAAAUGGAAUCAUCCAAAUUGUCAUGUCUGUUGGCUCGGGAUGUAUUCUUGUUCUGGUGUAUGGAUAGCUAGUCGAAUAUUAGAUUUCCUAGCUGAAAUCAAUGAUCCGUUGAUAGAUUCACCUUUGGCACAAAUCCACACCGAGAAUUAUUAUCCUCCUGUUCCGAUGGCAUUUUCAACGGUAGCUGAAGGUCGAGGUGUGAAUUGUUUAUUACUCGGUGGUCCAGGUGGUCGAUUAGUAUGGUUGAAUUCAUGGACAUUGGAUACAGUACGAACGUAUAUGAUUCCAGUGAAUGAUGAGCAACAGACACGUAUCAUAUCAUUGUGUUUUGGACCAUUAUUAUUGAAUAACACUGAUAAUCAUACUAAUAAUCAAACAACAACAACAACAAAAGAUCUCGGUGAAAUUUUAUGUCAAGGAUUAUAUAUCACUGAUCAAACUGGUUGUUUAUAUCAUUUCGGUUCGAAAAAACAACCACCGCCUGUACAAACUACUACUAAUAAUAGUAGUACUACAUUGAACAUUGAUCACCAACAACGACAACCGAUUGACGCGGCUGUUGUGAAUUUAAACAAUGCGUUGUAUGCAAAAUCAAUUAUACAUUGGUUUGAUCAUUGAUUGAACAUUGAUCAUCAUCAACCGAUUGACGCGGCUGUUGUGAAUUUAAACAAUGCGUUGUAUGCAAAAUCAAUCAUACAUUGGUUUGAUCAUUGAUUGAUAUAAUGUGAUGAUAUGUAUAUGUAUACACAGAUAUUGUUUGUAUGUAUGUAUGUAUUUACUUGUUUAUUUGAUAUUUUAUAAACGCAAAGAAAGAUUUAAUUUUUUUGUUGUUUUCUUACUUUUAAAAGAUGCAUAUUUUCGUUUUUUUUUAGAGAAAAGUUUUAUCAUCAUUCCAUGUUUUGAAACCAAAUGUUUUUUUUUAUAAAAAAAAAAUUAAAUUUUGUAAUAUAAAU